CAUGUGGCCCAUCUUCCUCCUGCAGCGUUAGGCCUGUUGAGCCUUCUCAGUGACGCAUGUUCUGCUCUCCUGGUGGAAGUCAGUUUCUUCUUUACAGGGCUAUCUUAGUCUGACCCUGGUCUCACUCUUUAUGAAGUGCACUGUUUGCAGACGCAAAAAGUGAUCCCUUGAUUAGACAAGGAGACCAAAUAUUUGAGGUAGUAAGUGACCUUCAUAGACGCACAGCUGGCGGACCUGUCUGCUCCUUGUCCCAUGCUUCCUUAUCUCACCGUGUUCCUUUCCAGGGCUGCCCAGAGAAGAAGGCUGCGUCCUUGCCCUUCCUCUUCAGAAAACGGCCCUCCCCGCCGUGGACCUCCCACGGAAUGCUAUGUUUUUCGUUCCUGGGAGCUGAUACUCGGGAGCCCCUAGUUCUCAGUUCCUUAAGAGAUAAAAGAAGAUUGCCGUCUCGAGCCUGUGUGGGAUAAUGAACCAAAGUUUUCACUGUCUCCCCCAUAACCUCUGCCUUCUGGAAAAUUCUGAGGUAAUCCACGAGUUCAGAAUGGGACACUGGCCCCUCCCCAACUUCCUGUGAUUAAGCCACUGGCCAACGUUUCUGUGGGGAUGCCUAUAAACCACCAGAAGUCGGACUCUUUGGAGAUGGACUCUGACUUGCCACUCAGCUGCAGGCUCGAUGACCUGAGCCGAGGGGGCAGUUUGGACAGCCGAAGCAGCAGUUCUCGCUCCAGAAGUCUCACUUUGGACGAUGAGAGCCUGAAGUACCUCACACAUGAGGAAAAGGAUGUCAUUCUGUUUUUUGAAGAGACUAUUGAUUCCCUGGAGGACGACUUUGAGGAGCAAGUCCUAUGUGACAGUGGGGUUCACUGCCACUCCCCACGGUCUCUGGAAGGAAGCACUUCCAGUCACUCGGAGCCAGAAGAUGUCAUCGACCUAGUGCAGCCAGGUCCUGCAGCUGGAGAACCCGAGUGCCUGCCGGAUGUGCCUGAAGCAGCAGGGGCGGGACCUGUUGGAAAGGAAGACCCUGCUAUCCUUGAACGCAGCGCACAGGAUGCAGCGGCGCCUGCCCCGUCUGUGGCGGACGGGGCAGCCCCGGAGGCCCUCCGGCCGCCGUCCCCGCCUGUGGCCCCGCCAGCCCAGCCGCGGAAAGAGCGGCUCUGCCCUUCCCCAGCGGAGCACCCGAAGCUGCCCCGCUCCGUUCCUACGCCGCUCGUUAUCGCCCAGAAGAUUUCUGAGAAGUUGGCAGGAAAUGAAGCGCUUUCGCCCACAUCCCCCUCGAAGGAGGGCAGGCCGGGCGAAUGGAGGACCCUGACUGCCGGAGCCCCUCGAAAUGGCGACCGCGCGGCGCCCCGACACACGGCCCCGCCCGCACCCAGGGCCCAGCGCUUCCCGAGCAACAUCAGCGUGACCAACAGCGCGGGCCGCGAGUACAACAAGACCAUCUCCAAGGCGGCCGUGAGCGUGCAGGAGCGCAAAGCCCGCGUCUUGGCCAACAUGAGCGGCGCCUCCUUCCUCUCCGUGGGAGACGCGGAGGCUCGGGCCCCAAAGUGGGAGCUCCCCGAGCAGAGGAGCAGCUCCCCGGAGCAGGGGACGCGUGACCGGGGCCAGCCGGGCCCCGUCCGGGAAGCCGAGUCCGCGCGGGCCGCAGGGCGGGCGGGCGCUCAGCAGUCGCGAGGCGUGCAGACGGAGCGGUGCCCGGCCCUGGCCAACGGCUUCCAGAGCAUCCACGAGGUCCUCAGGAGUGAGCCCAGCGCCUUCGCCUCCAUCGGGAAAACUGUCACCUUCCGGCCGGACCCGGCCCUCACCAGUAAACUCGCUCGCCAGAACGCCAGCAAGAGCCUCUACGAGCGCCAGCACCCGGACUGCGGCCAGGAUGCCCGGACGCGGUCGGGCUCGCUGCCCAGGGCCGUGGGGUUCAGACCCCAGGGCAUCACCGUCCAGUUCGCCGGCCGAGGCUCCACGGAGGAGGCCCGCCGGGAGGCCCUGCGGAAGCUCGGCCUGCUGAAGGAGACCUUGUGAUGGACAGCAAGGGGCCGCGGGAGGAGGGGGCUGGCCAGGCCGUUUGGCCUACAAUGGCUGCGCGGAUGUCAAGAGCAGUGGCGACAGCCCCAAUGGCUGCGCCCUGGUGAGGACUAGGAUGACCGUGCUGGGUAGGACUCAUUAGUCCGGGCCGAGGACCUGUGAACGUGAGGGCACCCCACCCCCACCGCCGCUGAGCUGCGAAGCCCUGUAACCGAGGGUCCAGGCCCAUGUGUCUUCCUUUUCCCAAGAACUCAGAGAAUAACCUUGAAGACCUGUAAGUUCCUAUGAUGUGUAACUGCCGUCCAUUUCGGGAGGGAUUUAGGAGGAGGGCAUUGGGUCUGAUUUGUUUUUCUUGAGUCUCUAAACUAGGCUUUCAUCCCGUGCACAUGACAUGAGAGCCAGUUUAGGCCUCUUAUGCUCAAUUCUCUAAGAAAGCGCUUUCUCUUCCUUUUCUAAGAAAAUAAAAAAUAUGUGUUAAAUUUGCAUAGUAUCUUAAAAUACUUUUUUGUUUUUUGGUUUGUUUUUGAAGGGGGUGGUAUGUCAGCCCUAGAUAUGCCUUUGUUUCUUGAUGUAAUUUGGUUUGCCCACUUCUUUUUAUUAAAAUUGAAAGGAAACCUUUAGUGUAUGAUUUACUGUAAUUUUGAGUUAUGGGAGUGGAAUUGAAAGGUUGAGUUUGGAAAGGUGGUAAUUUGAAGACAGCACGUCUCGUCAGACUACAGGGUCUGUUACUGGCGGAUCUGUGUAUGAGCGUGUAUUGUGUAUAUACAUGUACAUGAUGUUUAUCGAAACAUGUUAACACACAUAUAAAGGUGUGUGUGCACAUACACGUUAGUUAUUACAUAUAUAAACUUCUUAAAACCCUCUACUCUUGAUAGACACAACCUCUCAGCAUUGAGACAGAUGACACAGAAAUUGUUACUUCCUACAAUGGAAGUCUUUUAAGGACACAGCUCCACAAUAUUUCUGUGAACCCAAGUACUUCUUCCUUUGCAAUGUGUGUUCUGUUCCCAAUUAAAUAUUCCAAGUUAGCUUCCAGAGAAGCAAGAUAGUUCCUUUGUUAGUGAAGAACAUUUUUAGAGAUUAAAGUUAUCACCUAAUUUUAACCUAAUUUUAAUUUAUCGCCUAAUUUUAGUUUUACACAGUCCAAGAUAGAUAGCUUGUAAACAGUGGGAAGCAAAAGUUUCUUCAGAUCCACCCUCUCCCCCCCACCCCCCGCCCCACUGUCAUGUUCCUUGAGCAAGCCCUCAGGUUUAAUUUAAAAGGGAAAAAACACCGAACUAGGUGACACAGCAUGAAAAGAACUGUUUUUCUGAGACUAUGUCUUACACGCUGAGUCGUAGCCACAAGCAUUAUCAUCAAAACUAUUUAAGGCUGGCAUCUUAAACCUCUAAAAAUAGGACCGGGAAGGGGCCACACUUAGCUGUUAACGCCCUUUUGUUACUAUGUCUCAACAACUGUCACAGAAUCUGCUUUUUUCCUGUUGAGUAUUAUUUAAACUUUUAAAUGUGCUGUGAAGGAUGUUUUUUAUAGUAUUUUAUUUGCCUUGUAAGUUACAUAAAAUGAUUGUAAUGUUUUCCUUAGUGUCUCAUCCAGCCCUUAUCCUCUUGAAAUAAUCUCAUUGAUUCUUGAUGGUUUUAAUUUAAAUAGGUGCUUUGAUUUUACAGGUUUUAAAAAGUUUUUAUUUUACUCUUGUUUAUAUUGGAUUUGGUUAAAGGAUUGAGGGCCGUAUACCUUUUUACAAAAUGCGCUGCCAUAUACAGUGUUUAAAAACAGAGGGUCUUGAUAUGGCUGACAUUGUAAAUACCCUUUAUAUAUAGAUGAGAAUAUCCUUAUAUACAAGGAUUAUUUCUUUUUAUCUUAUUCUAUGUCUUGAUUGUGAUUAAAGUGAACUUGACUAUAUAUAGUAUAUUUGUUCUCAUGACAUUUUUGAAAAAUAAACUGAAACUUAUCUUAAG